UGGGGUGCCAUAGGGUGCAGGAAUCACUCCCCGGGGUGCCAUGGGGUGCCAGAAUCACCCCCAGGGGUGCCAUGGGGUGCAGGAAUCACUCCCCGGGGUGCCAUGGGGUGCUGGAAUCACCCCCAGGGGUGCCAUGGGGUGCAGCAAUGACUCCCCGGGGUGCUGUGGGGUGCUGGAAUCACCCCCUGGGGUUCUCUGGGGUGCAGUGAAUCACCUCUUUGGGUGCCAUAGGGUGCAGGAAUCACUCCCCGGGGUGCCAUGGGGUGCAGCAAUGACUCCCCGGGGUGCUGUGGGUGCAGUGACUCCGUCCUUGGGCUGCACCACGGGGCUGGCUCAGCGCUGCUGAGCACCCCAGGGUCCCCCCUCCGGGCCAGCUCUGUUUUCAGGAUCACCCCAGCUCUCGCUGGCACCUCGCCCCCCGCGUCCCCCAGGUGCCGGUGGCUCCCCGGGCUGUGGCACGUGUGGCCGGGCGCUCCUCCCGCAGAGGCCAAAUAUUUCACCCCUAAAUUACAGCUCCGGAGAUGAGGUCGAGGCCGCGGCGGUUUCGGCGCAACCAUCUGUUGGAGGCGAAAUUGCGUAGCCCCGGGGACGCCCACCGUGUUCCUGCCCGCAGCCCCCACGCUGAGGGGGGGCUCGGGGGGCGCCCACCCCGCCGGGCAGGAGGAUCCAGGCAGCGGCGGGGGACGGCUCCCGGACCCCUCCUCGGCGCAGCGGGGUCCGCUCAGGUGCUGAAGAGGCGGCGGCCGCCCGGCCCCACGAUGCCGUCCAGCGGGAGCCUGGACGCCGGCAGCCCCGCGCCCAGCCGCGAGGCGCUCGACACGCACAAGGGGGAAGAGGAGCCCGAGGAGAACCCGAGCAAGGAGGAGAAGCAGGAGCCGGGGACGCCCAUGAGGAAAGCCGGGCGGCCCGGGCGGAAGCGCAAGCAUGCCCAGCAGGCGGAAAGCAGCGACACCCCCAAAGACACCGCGGCCGUCCCCAAGUGCCCCCCGCCGUGCCCGGAGGCCAGUCCCGCCGAGCCGCUGCCCAACGGGGACGUGGAGGGCGACGCGGAGGAGGCCGGGGCCAGCCCCAAGGGCGGCCGGCCCGAGGAGGACGAGACGGAGAGCCUGGCGGACGGAGAGACGGGCCGGGCGCUGGAGAACGGCCGCUGCACCCCCAAGGAGGGCCUGGACGCCCCGGGCGAUGAGGGUGAGCUGGCCCCUUCCGACCCCCAGAAGAAACGCGGGAGGAGGAAACUCCUGGAGGCCACAGAGAAAAGCAAGGACGAGAAGGAGGAGAACAACUUCGACACGCUGAAAAUGGAGGGCUCGCGCGGGCGGCUCCGCGGCGGGCUGGGCUGGGAGUCGAGCCUGCGGCAGCGGCCGAUGCAGCGGCACACCUUCCAGGCCGGGGACCCCUACUACAUCAGCAAGAGGAAGCGGGACGAGUGGCUGGCACGCUGGAAGCGGGAGGCGGAGAAGAAGGCCAAGGUGAUCGCCGUGAUGAACGUGGUGGAGGAGCCGGCGCGGGCCGAGGCGCAGAAGGAGGAGGAGGCCAGCCCGCCGCCCGGGCCGCAGCAGCCCACCGACCCCGCCUCGCCCAGCGUGGCCACCACGCCCGAGCCCGCCGUGGCCGAGGCGGGCGACAAGAACGCCUCCAAGUCGGCCGACGACGAGCCCGAGUACGAGGACGGGCGCGGCUUCGGCAUCGGCGAGCUGGUGUGGGGCAAGCUGCGCGGCUUCUCCUGGUGGCCCGGCCGCAUCGUGUCCUGGUGGAUGACCGGCCGCAGCCGCGCCGCCGAGGGCACCCGCUGGGUCAUGUGGUUCGGCGACGGCAAGUUCUCGGUGGUGUGCGUGGAGAAGCUGCUGCCCCUGAGCUCCUUCGCCAGCGCCUUCCACCAGGCCACCUACAACAAGCAGCCCAUGUACCGCAAGGCCAUCUACGAGGUGCUGCAGGUGGCCAGCAGCCGGGCCGGGAAGAUCUUCCCCGCGUGCCCCGAGAACGACGAGACGGACACGUCCAAGGUGGUGGAGAUCCAGAACAAGCAGAUGAUCGAGUGGGCCCUGGGCGGCUUCCAGCCCUCGGGCCCCAAGGGGCUGGAGCCCCCCGAAGAGGAGCGCAACCCCUACAAAGAAGUUUACACGGAGAUGUGGGUGGAACCCGAAGCAGCCGCCUACGCACCGCCCCCACCCGCCAAAAAACCCCGGAAAAGCACAACCCAGGAGAAGCCCAAGGUCAAGGAGAUCAUCGACGAGCGCACCCGAGAGCGGCUGGUCUACGAGGUGCGGCAGAAGUGCAGGAACAUCGAGGACAUCUGCAUCUCCUGCGGGAGCCUCAACGUGACCCUGGAGCACCCUCUGUUCAUCGGGGGGAUGUGCCAAAACUGCAAGAACUGCUUCCUGGAGUGCGCGUACCAGUACGACGACGACGGCUACCAGUCCUACUGCACCAUCUGCUGCGGUGGCCGCGAGGUCCUCAUGUGUGGCAACAACAACUGCUGCAGGUGCUUCUGCGUGGAGUGCGUGGACCUGCUGGUGGGCCCGGGGGCGGCGCAGGCGGCCAUCAAGGAGGACCCCUGGAACUGCUACAUGUGCGGCCACAAGGGCGUCUACGGGCUGCUGCGGCGGCGGGAGGACUGGCCCUCGCGCCUCCAGAUGUUCUUCGCCAACAACCACGACCAGGAGUUUGACCCCCCCAAGGUGUACCCGCCGGUGCCCGCUGAGAAGAGGAAGCCCAUCCGGGUGCUGUCGCUCUUCGAUGGCAUCGCCACAGGCUUGCUGGUGCUGAAGGACCUGGGCAUCCAGGUGGACAGGUACAUCGCCUCCGAGGUGUGCGAGGACUCCAUCACCGUGGGCAUGGUGAGGCACCAGGGCAAGAUCAUGUACGUCGGGGACGUCCGCAACGUCACCCAGAAACACAUUCAGGAGUGGGGCCCCUUUGAUCUGGUCAUUGGGGGGAGCCCCUGCAACGACCUGUCCAUCGUCAACCCGGCCAGGAAGGGUCUCUACGAGGGCACCGGGCGCCUCUUCUUUGAGUUCUACCGCCUGCUGCACGAAGCCCGGCCCAAGGAGGGCGACGACCGGCCCUUCUUCUGGCUCUUUGAGAACGUGGUGGCCAUGGGCGUGAGCGACAAGAGGGACAUCUCGCGCUUCCUGGAGUCCAAUCCCGUCAUGAUCGAUGCCAAAGAAGUGUCCGCAGCGCACCGGGCACGGUACUUCUGGGGGAACCUGCCCGGCAUGAACAGGCCACUCGCGUCCACCGUCAACGAUAAGCUGGAGCUGCAGGAGUGCCUGGAGCACGGCAGGAUAGCAAAGUUCAGCAAAGUGCGAACCAUCACCACUCGCUCCAACUCCAUCAAGCAGGGCAAGGACCAGCACUUCCCCGUGUUCAUGAACGAGAAGGAGGACAUCCUGUGGUGCACGGAGAUGGAGAGGGUGUUUGGCUUCCCCGUGCACUACACGGACGUGUCCAACAUGAGCCGCCUGGCCCGGCAGAGACUGCUCGGCAGGUCCUGGAGCGUGCCGGUGAUCCGCCACCUCUUCGCGCCCCUGAAGGAAUACUUCGCCUGCGUUUAGGGAUGGGCAGGGACUGGUCACACGGAGCGAGUCGGAAACAAACCCAUCCACGCCAAGAGAAGUGAACACACAGAAUGAGAGAAGAGUCAGCACCCAGAAGAGAGACGGGAUUUCGCAGCCCGACGGGAACCCAGCACACGUCUCCCCGAGCGAAAGGGGUCGGUGUCCUCUCCGGAAUUUCCCAGGAUCAGCUUUAGCUAUUUAAAAACAAACAAAAACCACAAGAAGCAAACAAAAACGAAGACGGCGAAAGCAAACAACCGACAACAAAACGGAAGAAAAAAAAAGAAAAAAAAAGAAAAGAAAACCAAAACCUUUUUUUUUUUUUUUUUUGGGUAACCUUUUAAUUUUCCGCUCUUUUCUGGCUGGGUUUUCCUGUCGGUUUGGUUUCCACUUCUCGGAGCAGCGGGCGAGACGAGAUGCCGUCGCCAGCGCCGCUCUCGGAGAGGGGGAAACGGCAGCGGGAAAGCCCAGCGGGGAGGGAGGCGGAGGCAAAGGAGACCCGCUCUGCUCCGAGACCCGCUCCGAGACCGCUCCGCUCCGUCCGCGCCAGCGCCUGGCCGGCCCGGCCCCGGCCCCGGCCGCGCUCGGCGGCUCCAGCGCCCGGCGGCUGAGCCUCGCUCUGUUCCACCAGCACCGCUCUCCGGUGACAUGGAGCCAGCCCGGCAGGGAGGCCGGGAACACACACACCACACACACACCUUUUCUACAGUAUUUUGGGUGCCUACCAUACGGAAACCUUGAAGAGAGCAGAUCCUAGAAGCCGCUGUUACCUCUUGUUUACAGUUUAUAUAUAUAUGAUAGAUAUGAGAUAUAGAUAUAUAUAUAUAUAAAAGGUACUGUUACUACUGUACAACCUGACUUCAUAAUGGUGCUUUACACAGCGGGGUGAGUCGAGACAUCAGCUUCCACGUUGCCUUACGUGCCGGGCCUUUCCGAGCGAGCGGCAGGGCCGGGGCGGCCGGGCGGAAGCGUCUCCAUCCCGAGUCAUGCAAUAACCUUUUUCUGUCCCGAACGGAAGCGCCUCGGCGGUGCCCCCCUGCCCCGCCGGCGCCACCCCACAGCGUACUGGUGCUCUUCUGCGUACGUGGUGUCCGGCAGGGCCCGUGCCGGGUGUCCCCCGGCAGCAGCGGGGGGGCUCCUGCCCCCCAAGCCGUGCCCCUCGCCGCGGGCGCCGCCCGCCGGGGCGGCGUGGGGCACCGGGCUCUGGCCGAGGGCGGCGGCGGGGACGCCGGCAGGGCAGGGGGGACAGAGCGGUGCCGGAGCGCGGCCGGGGCGUUUCCGGCAUGGCGCGGGGAUGGCCGCGGGUCCCGGACCCUGGUGCUACAUCCGCGGGGCCGGGCCGGCGGCAGGAGGGCGAUGCCCCGGAGAGCCCGGACGGGACCCCGGCGGCGUCGCCGCGGCCGCCGGGCCAUCGCUCUCCUGCCCGCGCGUGGUUCGGAGCGAGCGUGUCCCCUCGGUGCCACGCGCCCCGCCGGGGGUGACGGGGCACCGCGGCGUCGGUGGCCCCGGCCGCAGGGGCCGGGAGCCGCGGUGUGAGCAGAGCGCGGGCAGGUGCUGGCAGUGCGGUGGAUGGUGCUACUGCUCCGGCGGCCGCGGUGCCGCGGGUCCGGCCCCGGCGGGGCAGGGACCGGUGCUAGGGCGCGGGGAGGCUCCCGGGGGCCCGGGCCCGUCGCUGUCUCUUCUCUAACUGUGAAAGGUGCGGGCUCCGGGGCCGCGCUCGCUGCGGGGUGCUGGCUAAUGGCAGCGAGCCGCGGCCCGCGCGCUCCGAGGUGCUGGGACCGACGGCGGCGGGGCCCCCGCCUCCCCUCCCUCCUGGUGCUACCGGGGGCUUGGGGGCCCCUCUGGGUGCGGGGGGCACGGGGAGCUGAGCUGGCACAGGCGGCCGCGCCGGGGGCACCGCGGGGCUUGGCUUUGCCGGGGAGUGAAGGUGGCGAGGCAGGAGGGCGCUGGCCCCGGGCUCUGGGCUCCUGCUCGCUCCCGGGGCCAGAUGGCACAGGAUGGCACAGGACCGCUGCACCGGGCACAGGUCCUGCCUGCCUGCUGCUGUCUGAGCCCACACGGCCCCACGAGCCCGUGUGUGGGGCUGGCGUGGCCCUGGGCAUCCCCUGUGGGGCACGGUGGGCACUGCGGGUCCUGCAUGGCCCUGCAGCGCUGCUGCGGGUCCUGCAUGGCUCCGUGCCCCUGGCUGUGGGUCCUGCAUGGAUCCACUGCGCUGGCUGUGGGUCCUGCACAGCCCCACAGCGCUGGGUGCCAGCGCUGCAUGGCCCUGCAGCACUGAUUGCAGGCCCUGCAGCGCUGAUUGCAGGCCCUGCAGCGCUGAUUGCAGGCCCUGCAGUGCUGAUUGCAGAUUCUGCAGCACUGAUUGCAGGCCCUGCAGCGCUGGUUGCAGAUCCUGCGUGGCCCUGUGGCGCUGGGUGCUGAUCCUGCACGGUCUUGAGGUGCUGGGUGCUGGUCCUGCACGGCCCUGCAACGUUGUUGGCAGGUCCUGCAGGGCUCUGCGGCACUGGGUGCUGACCCUGCACGGUCCUGCAGCUCCGGGUGCUGGUCCUGCACAACGCCGUGGCUCUGGGUGCUGACCCCGCGUGGCCCUGCAGCUCCGGGUGCCGGUGCUGCCCCAUCCUGUGGCACUCUCGGGCGGGUUCUGCACGGCCAGGCGCCGGGUUUGGGGGUCCCGGCGGACCCCCGGGGCCGCCCCGGCUCAGCCCAGCCCUGCAGCGCUCCCUGGGACCCCCUUGGCCCUGCUGCACCUUUGGGGGGCCGGGUCCCAGCGGGUGCUGCGGCGCGGGGGCCGGCGCGGCGCGGCGCUGGCACGGCCCAGCCGGUGCCGGUGCCGGUGCCCCGGUGCCGGUGGGAAGCAGGUUCCUGCUGGGAACAGGUGCCGGCGGCGGGGGGGGACCGUGGGGAUGCCUGGGGCAAGAGUUCAGUUUUUAACGUACCCGACUCACGUCUUUUUUUAACAAAACAACCAGACAAAUUCUGUUGCACAGCCCUAGAUGAAAACUCAAAACAACACAGCAAGGCCUGAAUUCCUUAAGAUCCGCCGAGGGAGUGGGGACAAACACGGUGCUAAAACAUUUUAUUAAAAAUAUAUAUUGUUAAAUUAAGUCUGCUGUCUGGACAAUGACUGUUUUGUUUCUCGUAGUGGAGUUUCAAAGAGCACUAUUAUUUUACUCUUAUAUAUUAUUAUUAAAAAAAAAAAACAAAAAAGAAAAAGGCAUUUUAACUUUGUACUUGAAAACUAAAUGAGAGAUUUCCUGUGUUUUAGCCUAGUCAUUGAAGUAGCUGACGCUUAACUAUUUGUGAGAAUCAUGUACUCAUCAUCCCGAGGAAUACGCGCGUAGAGCUGGUACCCUCCUUCCUCCCUUUGAUUUGGCUCCGCCGCCACAUUCCCGGCGCCGCCGCGGCCGCCCCGGCUGCUCUCCCUCCCCUUUUCCCGCCCCGACCCCCCCGGUUUAUUUUCUACUUCUCUCUCGGUUCGUUGCCCCUGUUUUUUUGUUGGUUUGUUUUUUUAGGGUCGCUUCUCUAUUUAUUGCCGCUGAACUGUGCAUUUCACGGCCGGAGGUGCCGCGGGCGCCCGGCGCUGUUGUAUCUGUGUGAGUAUUGCUCGUGACAUAGCUGUUCUGAACUAAUAAAGGUCAAUGCGUGCAGCAGAUGUAGAAAGUCUGUCCGUCCCGCUUCCAUCCCAUCCUCCUUUUCUUUUUCUUUGGUGCCCAGAAGAGUAUAAUACAGACGAGCUCCUUUCUAAUGUACUUGUGCUGGAGAACACUUGAAUAAAUGUCCUGUUUUGUGCAAAAAAAAAAAAAGAAAAAAAGAGGAAA